AUGAGUCUCAGACAAAAUAAUUCAAAUAAUUCUCUGAGAACAUCGUCACUGAAUAGCAAAAGUGCGCUUCAUUCUGAAGAAAUAACUAAUGUUGAAAAUAUAAUACAAAUACUUAAACAAAAUAAUGAGACUUUAAAAAAAUCCUUAGAUUUUAAAGAUGUCAGAAUAGGAAAUUUAGUACGUGAAAAAGAAAAGCUAUACGAGGAAUUGAAAUGUGCACAGCGAACAAAUAGAAAUUUAUACCAACAAUUAACUGACGAAAGAGAUAUACACUUUAAGGAAAAAGAAUAUUUGGUCGAUGAUAUUAAAAGGUUGUCCUUUGCAAGACGCGGAGAUAUACUUUUCACGUCAUUGCAAGAAGAAAUUAAAGAAAAAGAUGAAAUAAUUUACAACUUAUGUGCUAAAUAUUUAAAAAUGAAAUCAAACAAAAUAAUAUUGCAAAAAAGGUUGAUGAAGUUACAGAAGCAUAGUGAAAAGUUGUGUGAAAACCUCAUAUUAAUACUACAAGAAAACAGAGAAGCUCUAGAUAUUCUACUUAAUAAUUUAUUAAGGAUGUCUAAUAUUUCGAAAGCCGGUAAAAAGCUUCUAAAAUUAUUGAAAACUAACGCACGACUUUAUUACGAAAACACGCAAUUGAAAAUUUACAUGAUAACUGGGAAAGAAACUUAUAUAAAAGAAGGUAUAAGUAUGCCUAGUUUUAGGUCAUUGAAAUAUUCAAGUUCGAAGGAAAAAGAUAUCUUCAGGUGUAAACCGAAACAAAAAUGUCUGCAACGUUCGAUGUCUACAAACGCCAAUCAUUUUUUCAAAUAUUCUGAAGGUAUAACCGAUUUGAAAACUAUACAUAACUCUUUAUCGCCACACUUAAGUAGAGAACUUUAUAGAUCAAAAUCUGACAGUAAUUUGACUAAUUUGAAGUAA